AUGUCAUCAAAAUUAUCAGUUUUGACACUUAUAAUAAAACGACAAAUAUUAUGUGAUAAUUACUAUUUUAGGGCAACGAGUAGAAAGUCAAUUAUUAAAUUCAACAAUUAUACAACAUUUUCACAUCAAAAUCAAAGCCAACUUCAAAAGGAAAAGUUGUCAAUAAGUCAAAACCUAACAUUUUAUUCAUGUGAAGAUAAUCACAGUGAGGACAGGGAUGUCAAAAGACAACUACUUGUGCUGUUUGCGUGGCUUUUUGCCAAAGAAAGACAUUUGGAUAAAUAUCGCAAACUAUACAUACAAAAAGGUUUUGAUGUACUGACUGUUAAGAUACAAGUACUUGACUUUCUUAUACCGAGUCGGGGCAGUCAUAUCGUGGCACAGGAUAUCGUCAAUUUUCUCAAAGAUAACGAAACAAAAUAUUCAACAUUUAUAUUUCAUGCCUUUUCUGUGGGCGCCUACCAAAUGGGGGAAGUGUUUGUCCACUUACAAAAAUAUGAAAACCAAACGGUUCACCACAAAACACAACAAUCCCUUAAAGGUAUUGUUUACGACUCGGCUAUUGAUGUGAAUGAGGCGGCAAUGGGUUUAUCAAAAGCGUCGACCAAUAACUCCAUUCUUCAGAAGUUUAUAUCGACGGCAAUGAAAACACAUUUAAAGAUAUUUUACAACUGCUGUACCAAACACUACAUUCUGUCAUCAAAUUCAAUACAUAGGCCUGACUUCAAGUGUCCUAUUCUGGUAUUGUUGUCCCGAAACGAUGAAGUGGCCAAUCAUGUCAACACAUUCAAGACUAUUGAAGGCUGGAAGGCAUCCGGUGUUAAAGUGUUUCAUAAAUGUUGGGAAAACUCACCACAUGUUAGUCAUUACUUCAAAUAUCCUCAAGAAUAUCAAACACUGAUCGAAACAUUCCUCAAGAAUAUCAACUGAAAAUACGUAACAAUUGUGUUGACAUACGACUGUC